AUGAACGAAAGUGAAGAAAUAAUAGAAAUGUGUUAUCCGCCGCCAAGUUUAGAUCGUCGAUGGUAUUUGGUGGCUGUGGCUGGAACAUCGCUGUCUUUUUUAUCAAUUAUCACAAAUAUUGUUAUUGCGAAGGUUUGUGAGAAGAAACGUUUCCUGACAGCUGAAAUUCGUUUGAUUUUUUGAGUCACUCAAUUAUUCAGACAUAAUAUGAUUGAUGGUGAUUAGAGAUCAAAUCUGGAAAUUUUUCAGGGAGUUUUUCGAAAAGAAAAGUUGAGAGGGUUUUUGAAUUAUUCCGAAAAUGAAAAAUCAGAUAUCAAACUUAAAAAAUCGUCAGAUUCGACCUUUUUCCCACGCUUUUCCAUAUCAAAAUCUAAUACCCAAAGAUCCUAAAAAGACGCAUUUUUCCUUGAAAAACAACUGUUAAAAAUAAUAAGAGAGCCGCAUCUGUGUUGUGCAUUUUAUUUUUAUUAUAUAGCAUAAUAAACAUACAUUACGAUUUAUUAUCUUUGAUGCAAAAAGUGAAGUGCAAAGAAUAGCUGCAAAAUUUCAAAUAACUUCUGGUACUCAAAGGGAAACUUUUCUGUGAAACGAAAACAAAAUUAAAGCUGAAAAUACUUUCCAAAAAUAUAAAUGAAUUUCAGGUUCUUCUAUCUUCUCGUCAUAAUCAAUUCUUUUUUCUUGCCGUAAUUGCAAUUAAUGAUUGUCUUUUAUCAUUUAAUUAUGGUCCAGUUAUUGCAAUGGAAAUUAUCAAAGAUAGAUUGGGCGAAAAAUGGCUUCAUGAAUUAUAUCUUUCCUAUGUCGGACCACUUUUAGCACUUUGUCAAACAUCAAUGACAUUUUCAUGUUAUCUAAUUAUUCUUGCAACUUUGGAGAGAUAUUUAAUAACAUUGCGAUCAAAAUGUCUUCCAACAUUUCGAAGAUGUCGAGGAUUAUUAGCUCUUCUCAUGUUUAUUUUAUCAUUUUUAUUGCGAGCCCCAAUUUAUUAUGAGAUGCAUGUAAUAACAAAUCCACUUUGUAUUGGAGAAUAUAUGGAAAAAGGUGUUGAUUUGUUGCCGAUUGUGAAUAGUUUUUGGUAUGGAAAUUUCUAUCGAUUUUAUGUCAGAAAUAUUAUGACAGUUUUGGUGCCAUUUUGUGUUUUGGCAUUGCUGAAUUAUAAAAUUGUGAAGAUCCUGCGGACGCAGCAAAGAUCUGCGCAAAUGUUCAGAUUUUUGAGCAGCGAUCAUAAAUCUAAAAUUCGAUCUGCCACACUUAUGAUGGUUUUUGUCGUAUGUUCUUAUUUGGUUGCUAAUAUUUUGAAUGUUGUUGUCACUUUAUGGGAAUACGUGGCAUUUCAUACAACACAGGAAGAAGGGUAUUUUGAGGUAAGUAGAACCGAAAUGUUUCUGGUUUUUCUGAAAUUCUAAAUUUAGAAAUUACAAUUGUUGCUUUUUCAAAAUUCUGGUUUUAGAACUCUUGAAUUAUUUUUUUUCUGAAUCCUGAGCAUUUAAUAUGUAAAUAAAUAAAGCAUGCACUAUGUAUCCAAGUGAAUAGAAAACCUUUCUUUCUCCAAUUUUAAUUAGAAAAAGUUUAAGUAAAUAUUUCUAUUUAUUUUUCCAGGUUUAUGAAUUUUUCACUGACGUCACUUCUGUAUUAUAUAUUUUCGUAUGCGCAACUCGAUUAUUUGUAUAUUACUUAUGCAAUCAGGAAAUCAGGGAUGAUAUCAAACAUCUGAUUUGUAAUGUCACUACAACUCCAAGGAAACAAGAUUAUGUUACUGUAACUCGAAGUUUGUGAGUUGUUUUGACCGAUUUUUCAAAAAUCAAAAAAAAUGCUCACUUCUAUCGCUUUUCCAAAAUAAUUCAAAAUUUAUCAAAAAACCUCCCGUUACAGACAAUCGACACCCAUCGUGGUAUUAAGUGCUUUAUUAGGUCCACGGGAUGUUGUGGGUUUGAGCUCACAAAAGUAUGUUACAAAAAAACAGAAGAAAAUGAACAAUGCAUGAUUUUCCGAGCUCUCUCUCUCUCUAUAUAUUUCUUUUUCUCAUAGAUCAAUCACCCUAACAACACUUUAAAAAUAUUCACUUUCACUGUCACUUUAGGUGUAACAAUAUUGCAUUUUUGUUGAAAAUCUUCCAAAACUCUUUAAUUUCUAGUGAUUCUUCGCGUCAAAUUGGAACUGAAAUUGAUGCGGUUGCAAUUGCGAUUGCUCGAAGACUACAUUCAAAUGAUAUAAUGACAAAUAGCAAACCGAUUACAACAGAUUCUUAUGUGAUUUCGAAUCAUCACGCAGAUGUUGAAGAUUAUGACGAAGAUAUCGAUGACGAUGAUGAAGAUCAGAUUCCACAUAUGGUUUAG